UAGGAGAUGAGGUAAAUUGAAGUGACAUAUCCACCACGUGCUUCAUGUUAAACAAAGAAAAAAAGAAGUUUGGGCAGUCAGGUCUUUGCAUCCAUAUUUUCUGACUCCGCCCGCCCACUGGUAGGCGUCGCCCUCACUGACAUCCACUUUGGCUGCUCUUCUCAUCUUUCACAUUGCUAGGGUUUUGUCUUCUCUUUUCAUCAGAUGUCACUUAACCAAGGUUCGCAUGAACAGAUAUUACAACAGUUGUUCUGUCUGAAUAAAGUUUCUACCAUUCCAGAUGAAGCAGUAAAAAUAUUGCAGAGUGAAGCUUUCUUCCUUCAUUUGUUGGCAGAGUGAACUGAAGUUUCACAUGUGAAUCUGGUCAAUGUGUUUUGUGUUUGAUCAAAAUGGACGAAGACGGUCUUGAUCUAAGCUUGGGUCUGCCCUGUGGUGGAGUGGCUGCCUCAGAGAAAAGUAAAAGUGGGAGCUCAUCGGAUUCUAAGGUUGAGGAAGUUGAUAGAGAUGGCAAGGUGAUCAAUGAUUUCAAGAACUUUCUGGAUGGAGGCACUAGCAGCCAAAAGCAUGAUUCUGGUGUGGGUUCUCAGAGAGGUGAUUCAACGAAACAUGAUGGGAACUUCCUUUCCAGCACUAGUGUUGAUGUAGAUGCUUCUAAAAAGUUAAAUAGUGGAGGAUUCUGGGUUUCAAAUGAUAAUAGACAUAUAGAAGUUGAAGAAGAAAGGAGAAGUGAUGUGGGUGACAAACGUAAAAAUUUGUUCAGGGAGUCGAGUCAACAAAAGAAGCAUGAGAGAGAAGGCCAUCAUGCUGAUAUGCAUGACAAGACAAGGACAUCACACAUUUCAAUAACCACGGAUGAUGGUUCAACUGCAGAAAAUGAAGAUGUAGCUGAUUCCGAAACUGUGGGUUCAACGUCCAGGCAAAUGUUGCAGCAUGAUGAGAACUCUAAGAGAUUUGUUGGAACUAGUGGUCUAGGUGAGGUUCAUAAGGAGGUUCGUGGUGUUCCUGAUUCAAGUGGUGUAGAAUUACUUGGUCAAAGAAGGUUUACCAUUUCUUCUGAGAAGGAUGUUAAGUUUGGGAAUAUGCCAUAUACCAUCCCAUUCCAAGGCCAAUCAAUAAACAUCAUGAACCUGCCUUACUCUAUGCCUCUGAAAGAUUCUAACCCUGGUAGUACAGCAAGUACGACUGGUUACCCAGUUCCUGGCAUGAUGCAGGUAAUGGCUACCACAAGCGGGGAUAGACCAGGAACUCAGCCUUUCAUGCCUACAAAUUUGCCAUUAAUGUUUGGCUACUCUUCUGUACAGCUGCCAACAUUGGAGAAGGAUAAUUCCCGCGGUGCAGCUUCUAAUCUUCAACAGCUUCACCCUUCCUACGGAAGAGGUCCCUUGGGCUCUGAUAAGCACAAAGAUGGAACAAAUAUUGCUCAAGCUACUUUACCUAUUAUUCCACAUAAGUCAUCUGAAUCUGUACAAUAUGAUGGGAGGGCAAUGGAGCAUGUGAAAGGCAAUGGAAGACAGCAUAAGGCAGAAGAAACUUCCACUUCUCGAGGGGAGGAAAAUGUUAAAGGUAGCAACAUAAGCUUCAGGGCAAAAGACCCUCCUGAGCAGCCCAGAGCAGAAGCAGUUCCUUCUGAAUUUCGGACUAUAAGGCCAGGUCUUGCAGCAGAUCUGAAAUUUGGAGGAUCUGGUUCCUAUCCGAAUCUACCAUGGGUCUCAACAACUGGUCCUGGUCCAAAUGGUAGAACAAUAUCUGGUGUUACUUAUAGAUACAGUCCCACCCAAAUCAGGAUUGUUUGUGCUUGUCAUGGGUCUCACAUGUCACCGGAAGAGUUUGUGCGGCAUGCUAACGAAGAGCAAACUAGUCAAGAAGGCGGCACUGAUGUUUCAUCGUUUCCAAGAAGCAAUCCUGCUGCCUCUGCGCAAAGCUGAUUUUGGAUAUAAAAUCCUGUGCUGAAGAAUGAAGUAAUCUUUCUUUGUAUCUUGAAAUAAAUGUAGGAAGCAGAAGCAUCUUUAUAGUUCAAAUGAUUAUGUGAGUGUUGUCUGCAUAUAUCUUAUUGCAUAUGCACAUAUUCCAUUAAAUUGUAUUAGUCUAGCCUCUGAAAUUGAUAUGCUAGCCAAAUAUUUGUAAUAAAGUAUGACUUUCUUUAUCAAGCAUAUCAUUAGCACUCA